CUUGUCAACUCCAAUAUAAGAUAAUUUGUAUUCAAGCAGGCUGAUUUAGUCACUAAAAAUUGUUAGCCAGCCUACCCAACAAGUGAUCGAAAUUUUACGAAAACAGGGUAUUAAGCUCCAUUCGGUGUUCAUAGUAUCAACGUUGUCUCAGUGGACACGAACACCUACAACUCAUUUGAAUGAAAACAUUACGGCUAAGAUGAAUUGGAAGACUGAGGUAUAGAUCCUUAAGAUAUAGAGAAAAACUACUUUGUUUCAACCAUUUAAAGCCAAAUAAUAUGUUAAAUUUCUUGAUUUUUAAGAGUAGCAGCAUUGGAGUGAUACUUGAAAGCAUAUUUGGCUCAAUAUGUGGGCUCGCUCUUAUUGUAGGAGCUAUCAUUCUUUACUGCUGCUUUUGUAAAUCAAAGAAAAAGACAAACACUUUUAAAAAUGAAGCUCAAGCUCCUAAGGAAGCACCCCCUCCAGUUCCAGGUAGCCCUUCCCCUGCUCCUUAUGUUACAAUAGAGCCGCCUCUUCCAUACAUAACACGUAAGAGCUCUAUCUUUCAAACUCUUAUCCUCAAAUCAACCUACACAACAGCCUCAGAUGAUUUAUGUCGACCAAAUAAUGCCCCAGCCAGGGAUGAUACAGCACAAUAUGGUUAAAAAGUGCGAAUUUCCUAAUACCCUUAGCUGACCAAUGAUGUAUCCUUCAUAUAGUGACCUAAAGUAUUCUGGCCCAAGCAUUAUCAGUGUGAAUGAGCAGUAUCAACCAGCAGGUGCAGCCCAACCCCAGAUGAUGGUAGUGGCACCUCUUGGUGCUGAUGUCCAACAAGUGAUUCAGGAUAGCACAAUAAAUCCCUUAU